AUGGAGCCAUUGUGCAAGAAAAUCAUCACCCCAAAGCCCCCACUAAGACAGGGUUGCUCUUUGCAAAAUAGGGAAACAGUAAGUGAGAGAAAUUCACUUUCAUCACCAUUGAAGAGUCAGCCUGGGAACCAUUCUGCCAUUUCUCAGGAGGAGUCCAGUGUGAAAAGAGGGAGAGCAAUCUUUGAAAAGAUGUCAUCAGAAAAUGGCCACAGCAACAGCUCUGAAGUGGAGUCUCGCAAACUUGUAAGAGGACUAUCUAAAGACAGCACUGCCAGGGCUGAUAACACACUGCUGGAUUUCCAGGAGACUGUCUCCUUUAAAGAAAGAAUGGCUAUGUACAAGGCUGCUGUGUCCUUUGCCCAUAGUUCACAGAAGACCAAGUUCUGUACUGUGCCUGGUGGCCUGGCAGCCGUGAGGAAACAAUUUGAGAAAGUACAAAGGAUGUCUCCAAAAAAGACCUUUGUUCAGUACCAGCACCAGCAAAGAUCUCUACAGGUUUCUCCUCACGAGCAAGUUAUUAAUGAAAUGAAAAAGGCUUCUACAUUCACUCAGCAUGAAACAGUAAUCAAUUCAGCUCAGAAUGAAGAGUUCCCAAAGACUGUAACACAGAUUUUAAAAGAGCAGAUUGAGAAGGCAGCUCAGGAAAAGGCUGUUCACUCUGAUAGAGAGAUCACAACAUCUGCUAAAGAAGUAAAGAAACUGCAGAUUCAGGAAUAUGAAACAUGCAAACUCUGCCAACAGAGAGUUUACGCCAUGGAAUGUCUUGUUGCUGAUAAGCAGAAUUUUCACAAAUCGUGUUUCCGAUGUCACCACUGUGGCAGUCAGUUGAGCUUGGGAAAUUAUGCAUCUCUCCAUGGAAAAAUAUAUUGUAAACCCCAUUUUAAGCAACUUUUCAAAUCAAAAGGAAAUUAUGAUGAAGGUUUUGGACACAAGCAGCAUAAGGAAUUAUGGAAUUCUAGGGAUCAACUUAGUUCAAUUAACAAAACUCAAGCUGAAGAAACAAAUCCCAUUAAUAGUAUACCUGUUGAUCCUAAACCAAUUACAGAAGUUGAUAAAGGCUUGUACUCAGGUACUGAUGGGGCUCGUCCUGAUAUUUUGGAUAAUAAUUUGAAAACCACAGAAAGAGGUAAAUUAAAAAUGACAUGGCCUCCUUCAACAGAUGAUGCAACAUCUAAGAAAACAUUCUCUAUUGAAGAAUCAGCUAAAGUAAAUAAGUCAAAGUGGCCCCCAGAAGGUUCUGCUCAAGAAGAUUCUAGUUUAUAUACAAAUAAAUCUCUGGACAACAAAAAGGAAUCUCAGAAAAAUCCCACUGUGAUGGAGCAAAAUAAAAAAAACACCACAAAUUCACAACAAAAUCAACACUCAUCCACUCUGUCUGAAAAACAGAGUACAAAUACCAGUAAAGUACAGAAAAAUGAAGCAGGCAAUAAUGGAAAGGAUGAGGAAGCUGGAACAGUGCAAGAUAUGGUGAAUAAACUAGAAGCAUCAGAGAAGAGGGAGCAAAGUGGAAAGGAUAUUAAUAAGGGUGAUAAUGUAAUUGUGGAUAGUACUGGGAGGAAGCAAGAGAAACAAAUUAAUGAAACUGAUAAUUCAGAAGUUGUACAGGUUACUAACAUUGAUGAUGUAACAGUACAAAAGAAUCACAAAGAAUGCAACUUGAAUAACAACAAUAAUAAUUAUGCCACUUUCUCACAUCGAAAUAUUUGUACACAGAAAACAACUCUCUCAGCUGUGUCUACCCCAAAGACAGCAUUAAGCCAUGCUAUUUGCACUGAAUCACAACAUGCCUUUGCAAAGCUGGACAGUCAGUCUGGAAAUGAAGAAAUAUAUGAGAUAUAUGAACCUCAUGAGAGCUAUUCUAGUGAUACUGUACUUGCACAAGAUGAACAGAAGUCAAAAGAUGAAGAUGCUGUUACUUGUAAGAGUCUUGUUCAAUUCAAUAACAAUGCCACAUGUCAGAAGUCUCGUACGAGCAGCACGUUCAGUUUGAAGAAGGCAACUAAUACAACAUUGUCUGUGGAUACUGAGUUGUUAUGCACUGGAGAAGAAACAGAAUAUGACAAAAAAGACAAGUUAAAUACUAUUUUAUCUGACACUCUGAAGAAAUCUUUUCUUAAUAAAGACAACCUGGUUUUAAACUGUGGACUAACAGACUCUGCAGAUAAAAAAAUCCUGCAGUCCAUAUUCAAAAGAACAUGA